AUGAGCCGCAUCAAGAAACGCAACUUGGCCGGUUACGUCCCGAGCCCCGAGUCGAUGUGUAAUCCGCUGGAGCUGGUGAACAUUCGCACUUGGGGCGGCGCAUCGGAUGUAGACAUGCCACACGCAUCACACCACAAGACACUUGAAAUGGCUGGUCGCUACAAGCAAGACGCACAGUCCCUUCUUGAGAUAGCACGAAAUCAACGGUGGCGGUCAGUAUAUGUUGCUAACUUACAAGCUGCCGCUGGUGUCAACGUCGACUGUUCAACUGACACGCUGCCCACCCUGGCAGCCAACUUUUUUGACGACAUGGUGAAGGCAGGUCAUUUAGCCGAAGCCGAUCUUUCAAACCCUAUUGUUGUGGCCAAUGCGUGCCUCGAAAACACGCGCGGGUGGGACCUGAAGACCGAAGUCGAAGAACUACAAAAACAACUAGAAAGCAGACUUUGCGGGCGACGGUCGGCGUUUGGUCCAGCUACUUAG